GGGAAGGUCUUGCUGUCCUGGGUGAACCUGGGCACCUUCUGCUCAGCAGAGUAAGGAGUCCAUCAGAGGAAGUUGCAGAAGUCACCAAAAGCACAGAAACAGACGGAACACGGUCAGGGGGAGUCAGCCCUGGAAACCUGGUCAUUUCCCCGCUGUCCUCACUUCCGGCUCCUGCCCUCCUGAGGAUUCGCUUCCACUGGCCUGAGGGGAACCGGCAGCUGCUCCCACAGCGCGGGAUGGAGGGAUGGAACCAGGAGGAGCCCGGAGGUUCCGAGGCUGCCAGAGGCCAGGGGCCAGGACUGCGCGCUGGCAGUUAGGACCCCACGGACUGGGCAGUAAAGGUGGAGAGUACUUUGCUGAAAGCCAUAUGGUUUCACCUACAUUCAAGCUGACCUGGUUCUCACAUGUGAAUCUGCCUUUUCUCUUGGCGGCUGACCUGCCGGGCUCUGGAAGCUUCUCUAGCAGUCUCUUUGUGGUGGGAAUUGCCUCCAGAUGCAUCAUGGGAAGCUUUUCAAGGACACCAGACCCAAGGGCCCCUUGGACCCGCGAGCAGCCGAGCCAGCCGAGCGGGCCCGAGCCGGGCUGCGGGAGCUCCCCGCUGCGGCUCCUGCUCCUGGGGAAGCGCGGCGCGGGGAAGAGCGCCACCGGGAACACCAUCCUGGGCGCCGCGGUGUUCCAGGCCAAGUUCAGUGAUCGGCUGGUGACGCGGACGUGCCAGAGAGCGAGCGGGGCCGUGAGCGGGAGGGAGGUGGUGGUCAUCGACACCCCCGACCUCUUCUCCUCUGUGGCUUGUGCCGAGACCAAGCAGCGCAGUCUCCAGCAGUGCUUGGAGCUCUGUGCUCCCGUCCUACACGCGCUGCUGCUGGUGAUCCCCAUCGGCCACUACACAGAGGAGGACCAGGAGACCCUGCGGGGCAUGCUGGCGGUGUUUGGACCUGGAGCCAGCAGGCACGCCGUUAUUGUCUUCACUCGGAAGGACGAUCUGGGGGAUGACUUGCUGCAGGAUUACAUUGAAAGCGAGAAGUCUCUUAAGGCGCUGGUUCAGAACUUCAGGGGCCGAUACUGCGCUUUCAACAACAAGGCCGAUGAUGGUGGGCGGGAGACCCAGGCGUCGCAGCUCCUCUGCAAGAUCCAGCGUUUGGUGGACGAGACUGGAGGACUGUAUUGCAAAGUGAAUUCACAAACCGAAGGCGGCAGAUUCCAGGAUUGUGUGAAGGAAGCUGUGUGUCAGGAGGACAAUUCAUGUGGCUCAGCGGAGAGGCAGCUGCAGGCCACAGGACCUGAGAGGGACCCAGGAGCGUCAGAAAUGAGGAUCCUCCUGGUAGGGAAGAGAGGUGCUGGAAAAAGCGCAGCUGGAAACAGCCUUCUGGGGAAGCGGGUCUUCGAGACCCAGUUCCGGGAGCAGUCGGUAACCCAGAGCUUUAGGUCUGAGAACAGGAUCUGGCGAGCGAGGAAGGUCUGCGUCAUUGACGCUCCAGACAUCUCGUCCUCGAAGGUUUCUGGGUCAGAGCUUAGGAAGCAUACCUUCCCAGGCCCCCAUGCCUUCCUGCUGGUGACGCCGGUGGGCUCCUAUGGCAAGGAGGAUGCUGCGGUGCUGGACACCAUCCAAAGCCAUUUUGGAAACAAAUACAUUAAGCACACCAUCACUCUCCUCACCAGGAAAGAGGAUUUGGAGGGUCAGGAUCUAGACACGUUCUUAAGAAACAGAAAUAAGCCUCUCUAUGACCUCAUCCAGAAAUGUGGAAACGGAUUCGGCGCCUUCAACUACCGGGCGACGGGGGAGGAGGCGUGGGACCAGGUGGACCGGCUCCUGCAAAAAAUCGAGAGGAUGGUGCAGCAGAACGGCAACAAGCCUUGCCACUUCACAGGAAGAGAAACCCUGAGUAUUGUCCUCGUGGGGAGGAGUGGUACUGGGAAGAGUGCGACUGGGAACACCAUCCUGGGGAGACCCAUCUUCCUCUCUCAACUCCGAGCCCAGCCAGUCACCAAGGCAUGUCAGAGUGGCAGGAGAACGUUGGACUGGCAGGAUAUUGUGGUUGUGGACACUCCGUCAUUCUACCUGAUGUCUGGUGUUGAAAAGGAUCCAUCCUGGUUAGAGGAGGAGGUCGAACGCUGUUUGUCCCUCUGUGAAGAAGGAACCAAGAUUCUUGUCCUGGUGCUCCAGCUGGGAAAGUUCACUCAAGAGGACAAAAAGGCAGUGGAGGAACUGGAAGCCAUCUUUGGAGAGGAUGUCAUGGAAUACACCAUUGUGCUGUUCACUGGGAAGGAGCAUCUUGGGGACGGGAAGCUUGAAGAGUAUGUCAAGAACACAGAUAACGAAGCCCUUAAGAAUAUAAUUAAAAAGUGUAAGGGGCGAGUUUGUGCCUUUAAUAACAAAGAGACUGACCAAGCCCAGGAGGCUCAGGUGAAAACUCUUUUGACAAUGGCCAAUAAACUGAGAGAGAGCCAUGGAGGGUAUGGAUAUCCCCAAACCUGGGAGAAUGUCAGCCACCGAAUUAGAACUGCCCAGGAAAAGUACAAUCCCCAAAGAUUACUCAGGAAGCUAAAAGAUACAUUUAGGUACCGAAAGGCUUGGGAUCUCUUCAGUUAGGGGUGGGUACAGUAGGACUGAUGGAUGUGGGGUGGCUCCGUGGCUUUUGAGGUUUGAGAGGCAAACGCAUCCCACUUCGUGAUGCUGUGGCUUUGUAGGUGAAUAAAUCAUCGGGCUGGGGCAGGGAGCGCAGGAUUGUAAGUGGGAAAGAGGGAACAGGUGGAGCAAUCUGGGAAAGGGUUUGGACACCAUCAGGCUAGUCUAGAGGGUCAGAAUCAACCAAGUCACAAGAAUCACCACAACAGUGUAGUUAGGAUGGCAUCAGGACAGACAUUGUGACCACGGCCCAGGACAGCAUGGGGUCAGAAUACAGACAGUUCCACAGGAACCUGGGCUUCCAGAUGUAUAGAGCAGGGCAGUGUCCAGCACACUCCUGGGCAGGGCAGAAUGUGGAAGCAGACUCCAGCAGGCCUCUGUGUGGCUCAGUCUGUCUGCCAGGCCCUCGCUCCCUGGCUGGCUGUGUCCCCUGCACCGGGACUUAGGGCUAGCAAGCGUGUUCCUUUGCUCUUGGGGGCGCUGUUUCUUAGUGCUCUCCUCAGUCCAGGUCUAGGUGUAAAGAGGGACACCCUCCUCUUCUUGCUGUCCUGAGGAAAUGAGUUGAGUCUUCGAGGUUUCAAGAGAUUUUAUGCUGGGGCUGGGGAGAUAGCUUAGUCGGUAGAGUGCUUACCUUGCACGCACAAGGCCCUGGGUUCGAUCCCCAGCACCCAAAAAAAAAAAGAGAUUUUAUGCUAAACAUCACAGUGAAAUAGAUACUGCCAAGAUUAGAGAAUCUUACAGAGUUCUAAAAUCCUAGCUUUUAGAUUUCCCGGACAAAAGGUGAUGGAAAACUCCUUUGUAUUUUCUUUUUAUCUCUGAGGGUUAGGAAAUAGGUUAAAACUGAGACUACUCAAAUAAUAAUGAUUUAAGCAUAUCAGGUGCUUAUUGUGCAUAAGGAGAAGUCCAGGAGUGAGCAGGCUGGGGCUGGUGGGCAUCCACCAUCCAGCUUCACUCUUUCUGUCCAGCUUUGUGGGUGUUCACGCUUCAGCUUGCCUUUGGCUUCACAAUGGUGGUGUUCUAGCCAUGGCUGAGCAGCUUCUAUUGGAAGCUGCCUGGGUGGGCGAUGUGUGCCAUGUAUGGAAUCUUCUCCUAGGUAGCUAGGGUCAGAUGUUCUCAAUUAACCCUUUACUUUUUCCUCAAGGACUGGACCUAUAUCCACUGCACCCAGCCCAUGAUAAUAUUAGAUCACCUUCAAGGUUAACCUGUUUAUAAAAGCAUGGACUGUCACCAUUAACACCCGUGGCUGCCACAUACCUCUUAAUAUGAUAACUUCUAGAAAAUGUGUGUGUAAAUAUAUUGAGCUGAACCAAAUAAAAAUGAAUUAGACGACACUCUGAAGCUCUCCCUCUGGUUCCUGUUGUUCUGAUUUAGGGAAGGAGCAUGCCUCCACAAACAGGCAACUGAGGUGUUCAGAGACCUGGCCCCAGGUGAGGUUUUCACAUCUUUGGUGCCCGAGGACCUUUUGAACAUCCUGCUUGGAUGGCGGCCUCUGCCAUCUCAGGUGUCUUCCACUCUGAAUCUUUACUACAGCAAAGCCAAAUGUAUGGAGCCAAUGUUAGAACCAGGAAAGUGGUAGGAACAAAGUCUGGAAGACAUUCCACGCCCCUGACCUGGGCUUCCCUUCUGUUUGAGGGGAGGGACCCAAUCCUGGCUGGGGACUGUUUCCGCCAUGCUGCUUGACAAGGUUCAAGCAUGGGGAAGGGCUUGGCAAAGCCACCAUUACAGGAAACUGCUGCUGUCCUCUCUCCUGGGAAUUGAGUGUUUUCUUGUGAUUAUCAUACUUGUAAUUAUCAUACUCUGUAACAGCAAAUCAUAUUCCCUGGAUUGUUGUGAUAAGAAUUUAGCCUCGAUGAGUCUGCAGAGCUUUGGGGAGGAUGAGGAAUGCUUUAAAAAAAAAAUGUACCAGUAUCACACAUGAUAAGUCUAAAAGUACAGAGUUUGAGGAGUUCUUCAGAAAACUACAGUUACAGGAAUUGCUUGCUCCUAUACUGACCACACCUGCCCCAGUGAAUGCUUUACCAGCAAAACAGCCUGACAAACAGAACAGGAGACUUGUUGUCCCCACAGUGCAAGGACUGCCCUACUUAGCCUACAAGAUUGGGGGACAUUUGUGAUAUCUACCUAGAGGGAAACAAGCAAAUAAUUUUAAGGGACCCACCUCCCACAGAUCCACCUCUUCCCUAAACAGGAGUGUACAAUGAAAAUGGUGAAUGAAUAAUUAAUAUUAAUGGUAAAUGGAUGAAUGUCCAAUAUUUGUCUUUUCUUCAAAGGUUUGGACGUCAAGGGCCACCCUGGAACUCUAGGACUAAAGAACAAAGAAACAGCUUACACAAACAACUAAAAAAAUAUCAUCUUAAGAUCAAAUGCCCUCAUUGCAUGUUAACUGGUUAUGAGUAGUUUAUGCUGCCUUAGGUCUCACAUGUGUAUUACAAUAAGUGGAGCACAAAUCAAUAACAUAAAGAAUAUUAGGAUAAAAAUUAAGCACUCACACUGAGUUUGGCAGUAAAAUAACCUAACUUAGUCUUAACUAAGCUUGUUUAGGUAACAGAGUAGACCUUUAAGGUUAAAUCAAAAGCAUAAUAUGAGCUAAAGAUUAAGUGCAUAUUUUGCUUAGCAGUUUGGUAAAAUUAUCUUAAAACAAAAUAGAGUCACUAUGCUGACAAUAGGUCUAACACCAAAGGGCAAACAGAGAACAGUAGGGUGAAAAGAGGAAAAAUGUCUUUUAUGUUAUUUGCUUAUGUGAGCGACUUUAAGUAAAUAUAGAAAGUUGACCUUAAUGUAUCCGCUCUGUGUUAGACACCCGCUGGAGCGUGUGGUUAAUGACAGAUCUUGUGGUUAUUUCUCUAUAACUUGUAUCUUGUUUAAUCCUGCUUUAC